UACCUUUUUGGGGAUCCUUCCACACGUAUAACAACAACAAACAUAACACAUUCUUAACAGAGCCUCGAUUUGUGCCACAUUCUUAUUAUUAAUUACAGAGAGACCAGAAAUAAUUGUUAACAAAUUCAAAUAUUAGCAUUAGUAUUAAGUUAUUAAAAUUAAUGGCGUUAAAUUGGAAUUGGGUUUCUAUUAUUAAAAUUAGUGUUCUUAUUCUUCUUUUCGCAGCCAUCACCAUCGGUUGUUUUACUCUCCCCGUUGAAAAGGCAUUAAAAGGCUUUUUAUUAUGGGUGGAAGAAGAUCUUGGUCCUUGGGGUCCUCUUGCAUUGGCUGUUGCAUAUGUUCCUUUAACAAUUCUUGCAGUUCCUGCAUCAGUACUUACGCUUGGUGGUGGUUAUCUCUUUGGUUUGCCUAUGGGCUUUCUUGCUGACUCUAUUGGUGCUGUGAUUGGUGCAACGGCAGCAUUUGUUCUUGGCAGAACAAUUGGGAGGUCAUAUGUCAUUUCAAAGCUAGGGGAUUAUCCACAGUUCAAAGCAAUUGCAAUUGCUAUUCAGAGAUCUGGAUUUAAGAUUGUGCUCUUGCUCCGGCUUGUUCCAUUACUCCCAUUUAACAUGCUGAAUUACCUUCUUUCCGUGACUCCAAUUACCACAUGGGAGUAUAUGAUGGCUUCAUGGCUGGGAAUGAUGCCAAUUACCUUUGCACUUGUAUAUGUUGGAACAACAUUGAAGGAUCUAGCUGAUGUUACUCAUGGUUGGAGCCAGUUCUCGAAAACUCGUUGGGCGGUACUAAUUCUAAGUUUUGUGGUGUCUGUGGUCCUAAUGGUGGUAAUUACCAAAGUUGCAAAGUCAGCUCUUGAUAAAGCUUUGGCUGAAGGUACUGAUAUAGAUGGCAGUGGCACUGUGAGCUCAUCUGUUGUGGAGGAAACUCGGGUGGAUCUCCAUCAAUCGCUACUUGUCAAAGAUUGAUUCAUCCUGACAAUCAUUCAAUAAUGACGAAAAUUAGAUCUUUCCUUGAUUUUAUUCUACAAUGUAUAGCUGAACUUUCCAUCCCGGCCUCUCUUUCCCACAGUUAACUAAAGUAUCAUAGGUUAACAAUUUGACAUAUUUUUUUGGGUAAAAACAAUUUGACAUAUUCUUCGAUGCAUAUAUGAAAGUUAGCACAAUAUUUAUCGACU